AGCACGACAGAGAGCAAGAAGGUCGGGCGUGGAGGGCCGGGGUCCCUGGCGGCGGGUGGGAGCCCGGCCGGGGGCGGGAGCUGCAAGGACGGCGGCGACUCGACUUCCUCGGCCGUCCCCGAUGCCGGGCGGCAGGGCCAGCGCGGGGGACUGAGCGUGGAAAGGCGCCUCGCCGGCCAGCUCAGUCUCCAGGGCCAGUGCUCAGGAAAUGCCUGGUCCGCGAGGAGCCACCCACGUCGGAGGGCCCGGCGACCCUGGCCGGGUCUGUGGCACUCAGCGGCCAGGGAGCGGCGCCCGACUGCCACACAGCCACCUGCCCAGAAGGCGGCGAGACAGGCACCCCGCGCUCAGGACCUGGAUCACCUCCGGGAACAGACUCCAGGCGCUGAGGAUGAGCGUUUCCAAAGGCUACGACUCUGAACUUACAAGGUCAAGAAAAUCCUCAAGUCUGAAGACCAGAGUGCCCUAUGAACCCAGAACCAACUUAGGAUACACAAGAGCUCUCACCAGCCUAAAGAAAGAACCUGAAGGUCAAAAGAGCUGGGGAAUAGCAGCUGCUGGAUUGUACAGUCACACAGAAACAGAAUAAGAGACAGGAACUCUACUUAAGGUUGCAAAUAUAGUACUUUUUCAUGGAGAAUUGGUGUCGGAUUGAUAUCUGGCCAGUUGCCUUUAACAACCUUGGAGAAACAGGCAACUUCUGUUCCAGAGAGGACAGAGCUGCUUUUCAGUCAGCACCUUUCUCCACUGCACCUCACUCAGCAAGGGCCAAGUUUGUAGAUGGCAACCCCUGAGUCUCCUGGGAGAUGCUCUGCUCCACUCUGUCACACUCAGCUGAGGAUGCCUGAACUUCUUUCACCAAAUCCUUCUUUUUAGCCUACUGUCUUUGAAAUUUUCCUGUAGGAUUAUUGUGUCAAUCUCUAAGAUCUUCAUAAACUGCUCAAUUGUGCCUUUUUUUUACUCGCCUGUCAAGUUUGCGGAGAGCUUCAGCUCACAAAUCCUUGGCCAGAAAACCCUGCUGGAUUCCAGUGAGUUCUUGAUUCAAAUCUUCCACGUGGUCAACUCUCCUCUCCACUGACUUCUUCAAAUCUUUCAACUUCUUCUUUUCAACUUCUUCCUCUGGACUGUUCUUUAUUCCAAAUAACAUGACCUGGCGACCAUUUUGUAUUCCAAGUGCUGAAAAUGGUGUUUCCAUUUCCUUCAAAGGUUUUCCCUUAAAUGAUGGGCACAUGCCACUUUUACUUGCACUGAAGCACAAUAAACAAGAAGUGGCAGAACUUUUAAUUCAGAAUAAUGCAAAUAUACAUGCCGUCGACAAUGAUAAAAGGACUGCCCUCAUGCUGGCUACAAAAUAUGAAGCAAAACAUAUAAUUGAGCUGCUUCUUCAUGGAUGUAUUGAUACCUCUGUGAAAGAUCAGUUUGGAAAGAACGCGUUAUCUUAUGCUAUUGCUAGUUGUUUCAAUGUGAAUAUAAUUUUGGAUCAUACUAAUGCGGAACAUGCACAUAUGCAAACCAGGAAAGCAGAGAGCAAUGACUCUUUAAUCAGAUCUGCAAAUAAUCCUGAUCCUGGUGAUAUCAAGACUACAUCAGAAAAGGACAACAAUAAAUCUGAUACCAAGAAUGUCCCUGAAAGAAAAAAAGUAUGUGAUUUUCAGCAGUCCAAGAAAGAUGCUGGUGGGCCUAAACAACGUGGCACCAACAUCCUGGUGAGGAACCGCUGACUGUAUCACAACAUGGCAGAGAAGCAGAAAGGAUAACAACUGUGAAGAGAAGGAGCCAAAGUGUGGGUGGUCUGACUUUAUAACAAAACCAGCUCUCUUAAGAACUAAUCCAGUCGCAGGAGACCUGACCCACUCCCGGAGAGAGCAUUAAUCCAUUCACAAGGGCAGAGUCCCCACUGACCCAAGGACUUUCCACUGGACCCAUCUCUUAAAGGUCCCAGCACACUGGGUCAAGCUUCCAACACAUGAACCUUUGGGGAAUGAACCA